GCAGGUAACGACCAAAUGGAAACUAGACUGUAAAUGUAGUCAAACGUAAUUUCAGGUCGAACUUUUGGAAUCACUAUGGCUCUUCGGGAAAGAUUGCAUGCCGUUAUAGAUUUGUUUGUCGAGGGUUAGCUGCGUGGAGGGUUUUCGAAGGGAAAGACAAGGACUUGUUAUGUAAUUUGAAUCUUAUGCAUGAAUUGUUAUUGCCGUCGUGUCCCGUGACCUUCACAAUGCAUAAUAAUGGUAUAUUAUGUACACUUGUAGGCAGCCUUUUGGAUUGCCUUUGUCCGAGACGAGUUUACUGAUAUAAGGGAAGAUGGCAAACUAUAAAAUGAACCAUGAGCCAGUUUGUGUUAGCGAUUUUGAAAUCUUCGCCAAAGAACAUUUACAAAAGGAUGCAUUUAAUUAUUACGCUUCGGGUGCGAACGAUAUGCAGACAGUCGGGGAAUCAACUGCAGCUUUUAAACGACUAAGAAUUCGUCCACGCGUCUUACGCAAUGUGUCGUCCAUUGACAUGUCCACCUUAAUCCUCGGUGAGGAAAUUAAAGUGCCUUUUUUCAUCGCACCAACUGGCUUUCAUAAAAUUGCACAUCCUGAUGGUGAAAUUGCUACAGCAAAAGCAAGCUCUCGUAUCGGUACCUGUAUGACCCUUAGCAAUUUCUCAUCGAUAAGACUUGAGGAAGUCGCCUCAGCCUCUACUGGAUUAAAAUGGUUUCAAUUAUCAGUUUUAAAAAAUCGAAAAGUUAUGGAGAGUCUUGUAAGGCGCGCCGAGACCUCUGGAUAUAAAGCAAUCGUGUUGACUGUCGACGUACCAACUUUUGGUAAACGAUACAAAGAUUUUCGUUGCAAUUUUACCAUGCCAACUCCGCCGAAUUUGAAAGACGAAUUCAGUAAAUCCACAAAUGAUGGCGAAUUUAGUUUAGACAAGGUAAACGGCUUUUUGGAUCCGUCGGCAACGUGGGACACACUCAUUCCUUGGAUUAAGUCGGUUACGUCACUACCAGUGGUAGUGAAAGGCAUACUCACUGCUGAAGAUGCAAAAUUUGCAGUUACCUAUGGUGUCAAUGGUAUCGUUGUUUCAAGUCACGGUGGUCGACAGUUGGACUGCGUUCCAGCAACGAUAGAAGUCUUGCCAGAAAUAGUACGUGCGGUCGGCAAUAAUAUCGAGGUUUAUCUGGACGGUGGUGUAAGAUUUGGUUCUGAUGUUUUCAAAGCUCUGGCUUUAGGAGCAAGAGCGGUAUUUAUAGGAAGGCCAAUUGUAUGGGGUCUGGUCUAUCAGGGGGAGGAAGGAGUGUCCAAAGUUCUAGAUAUCUAUAAAGAAGAACUCAAAGAAACAAUGAUGCUAAGUGGAUGUGCAAAUUUGAGUGAUGUUGUUAAAGAAAUGGUUGUUCACGAAUCAUUUUAUCGUCACAAUUAGCUAAUAUUGUUACAGUGGGUAAAGAAUAUACAGUAACCAUUGAAGCAUUCACGGAGAAGGAACCCUUUACAUUGGUCUCGAUCUUUCAGGUGGGAAGAUUUGGAGCUCAAAAAACACUCGACAAGACUUGUUAUAUAUAAC